CAACUGAAACACUCCAACCUGGUGAAUCUGAUCGAAGUGUUUCGACGCAAACGGAAGCUUCACCUGGUCUUCGAGUACUGCGAUCACACCGUCCUCAACGAGCUGGACCGCCAUCCCAGAGGAAAGCAUGCGGUUAAGUUCAUAGAGUGGUGUAACUCUACUGUACUGUCUCUGCAGUGCAUCCACAGAGACGUCAAGCCGGAGAAUAUUCUCAUCACCAAGCAUCAAGUCAUCAAACUCUGCGACUUUGGCUUUGCCAGGAUACUCACUGGUCCGUGUGACUACUACACCGACUACGUCGCGACCCGCUGGUAUCGCGCCCCCGAAUUGCUGGUGGGAGACACUCAGUAUGGCCCCCCAGUGGACGUGUGGGCAAUCGGUUGCCUGUUUGCUGAGCUCCUCUCGGGGACACCUCUGUGGCCCGGGAAGUCGGACAUGGACCAGCUGUACCUUAUCAUAAAGACCCUCGGAGAUCUGAUUCCUCGACACCAGCAGGUCUUCAGCAACAACCAGUUCUUCUGUGGAGUAUCCAUUCCAGAGCCACAACAGAUGGAAUCUUUGGAGCAAAAGUAUCCAAACCUCUCACAUCAAACUCUGAGCCUGAUGAAGGGCUGUCUGCGGAUGGACCCGUCUGAGCGGCUGACCUGUGAGCAGCUCCUCCAGCAUCCGUACUUCGACAGCCUGAGAGAAAGAAACGAGAGCACAUCUCGACAGCAGGACCGCUCCGGCAACAAAAGGACACGUUUACCUCGCAGACACUAUUUGCCACAGUUGACCAGCAGUGGCUUCUUUCCAGCUCUGGACAAUAAGAGGUACUACAACAACCUGCGCAAAUUCAACUAUCACCUACCGAACAUCUAA